AUGUCGAGGAUAACAUAUUCCGAACUACGAAGACUAAGAGGUCUACGAAGACUUAACAACGGGUACGUUUCCGUACCAAAUCUCAACAGUGGAUUUUCUGAUGCGCAGUUUGAACCACCGACUCCAAAGAUACCUUGGAAAGCUUUGAGUUUGGCCGCGUUCCUCUUUUUGGUUGGAACAACCCUACUCGUCGUUGGCAGCCUCAUUGUAUCUGGCUAUAUUGAUACAAAAUAUUCAGACAGGUUAUGGCCUAUGAUAGUUCUUGGAGCCAUAAUGUUUUUACCAGGAGCAUACCAUCUGCGCAUAGCUUACUAUGCGUACAAAGAAUAUCCAGGCUACAGUUUCUCAGACAUUCCAGAGUUUGAGUAA